AGUCAACCGCCCACCGCAGCAGACAGGGGGGAUGUUCCCACCAUACUGGAUUUACAACCAUUUCAAGGAUAUUUGAGCACAAAGAAGAAAUUGUUUUUUAAUUGGGACUUUUCAAAAACACUGAUUCUGGAGUUGGCUUUGAUAUGGAAAUCUUGACGGAAAACUGAAGUUUUACUCCACAUGAUUCAACGCCCGUUUUACCUGAGUGGCUGAAGACUCAAGAAACCAACAAUGGAUCAGAACUUGUUUGGGGGAGUCCCCAGGUUUCUCACCCGCCCAAAGGCAUGCUCAGUGUGUGUAGGCAAAGACGCCACACUUAGCUGCACUAUCGUGGGCAGCCCGACCCCGCUGAUAAGCUGGGAGAAGGACAAGCUGAAGCUCACAUCUGGGGGACGCUUCAAAACCGUGGAGGAUGGAAAUCUGUACCGCCUGACCAUCUAUGACUUAACACUGGAGGACAAUGGCCAAUUCAUGUGCCGGGCCAAAAACACAGUUGGGGAGGCUUAUGCUGCUGUUACCCUCAAAGUGGCCCUGCAAACAGAGAUGGCUCAAAGGGCCCCUGUUUUCAUGGUUAAGCCUACCUCUACACGUGUAUGUUUGGGAGGCGAUGUGGUUUUCCAAUGCCGGGUUGCAGCCCACCCUGAUCCCAACUUUGAUUGGGAGAAAGAUGGGCGCUACUUGGGCGAGUCAAAUCGUAUCAAGAUUGUUUCCGACACCGACAGCAGCACCCUGAAGAUCCAAAGUGUGCGUAACCUGGACAGCGGCACCUACACCUGCAGGGCCCAGAACACCGUGGGUCGUUCACACUCUGCAGCAGCUCUCGUUGUAGAUGCCCAGGAUUCCCUCCAUCUGUCCGCAGACAAGAACACCUCCUCUCUCCUCUCUCACCUACAAAAGCGCAAGGAGGACAUGCAGAAGGACAUCUCUAUCUAUCGCACUGAAGAAAGCAGAUCCUCUGGUUCCUCCUCCACCAAGACCAGCAUCACAGAUAGUUUGAGUUCUCUGAGUCAGGAACAUGAUCUGAGGGCAUCUGCGCUGGCAAAGCUGCCCAAAGGUGUGUUCACCCGUACCUGCACGGUGACUGAAGGCAAGCAUGCCAAACUCAGCUGCUUUGUGACGGGUCAUCCUAAACCCCACAUCAUCUGGAGGAAGGAUGGAUCAAACAUCAGCGAGGGCCGCAGGCAUGUCAUUUAUGAGGACCAAGCUGAGAACUUCAUCCUCAAGAUCCUGUACUGCAAGCAGACCGAUAAUGGCCUCUACACCUGCAAUGCCACCAAUAUGGCUGGCCAGACCUACAGUGCUGUGUUGGUGACUGUCAAAGAGCCUAAGGUGCCAUUCAGGAGGAAGCUGCAGGAUGUGGAGGUGCAGGAGAAGACGUCAGCCACCCUGCUGUGUGAGGUGCCUGUUAGUGCCACCCAGGCCAGCUGGUUCAUGGAGGAGACGAAGCUGGAUCAAAGCACCAAAUAUUACAUGGAGCAGGAAGGCACCCUGCUUCGCCUCACCAUUCACAACGUCACCACCAACGACGAUGGUGUUUACAUCUGCGAGAUGAAGGAAGGCAGCCGCACUGUGGCUGAGCUCACUGUCCUGGGCAACAUUACUAAGAAGCUUCCCCGGAGGACAGUGGUCCCUGUCAGCGACACUGUCAUCUUCUGUGUGGAGCUGGAGCGUCCUUUCCCGGAUGUCUACUGGACCCGCAAUGGCGUGAAGCUGAAGGGAGAUUCCCGUACCGCAAUCGCCUGCAUGCUCAGACAGUACACACUCACUAUUAGAGAUUGCCAGGCUGAUGACUCAGGAGAAGUGGCCUUCGUGGCGGGAGACUGCAAAACUUCCACACGAUUCUCUGUCACUGCUGCUAGGAAGCAUCCUCCCGAUCCCCCAGUCGAUGCAGUGGUUGCGAACAAGACUGACUCAUCCAUCACCAUCCAGUGGUCUCCUCCGGACAGCGACCGCCCCGUGCCCAUCAAGUGCUACUUUGUGGAGAGGAGGAAGGUUGGCACUCAGACAUGGCAGCGGUGUAACUCUGGAGAAACCAUCCUUUCUACCGAGAUCAUCGUCUGCAGCUUCAAAGAAGAAGCCACCUACCAGUUCCGUAUCUCUGCCAUGAAUGACUUUGGCCAGAGUGAUUACCUGGAGGUGCCUGGAAGCUUCUACCUAGAACCCAGUGCUGAAAUCAGGAAAGGCCUGAUGGACAGCACUGCCUUCCUCAGUGAGGAGUUCUCCAUCUCCGUGGAGCUGUCAGCUGUUUGUUCUGCCUUCUGGUCUCUGAAUGGCCGCCUCCUGCGCAGUGGAGGCGACUACCUCAUCACCAGGAUCAAGAACACACACACUCUGCUCAUCCGUAACGUGACCAUGGAAAUGAACGGGACUGAGGUCAAGUUUGUGGGUGGAGGCUCACAAAGCAGUUGCAUCCUGUCUGUGAAGGCUCCUGCUGUGAGGUUCACCAACAAGUCAAACCUACAGGAGGCGGUCUGCAGUGCCCAGGCCACCGCUCAGCUGACCGUUGAGGUGUCAGAUUACAAUGCACAGGUGGUCUGGAUGAGGAAUGGGCGGGAGGUGAAAACGGGGAAGAAGUAUGAAUACAUGAUUAUCGACCGCAAGAGGAUCCUUAUGGUUCACAACGUGACAGAGGAAGAUGUGGGCAUCUAUGAGUGUGCUUUAGCUGAUGACAAAAUCUCCCUGCAGCUCUCUCUUAAAGUGUCUGAAACGAGUCCCGACUCAAGCCCACAUGCAGACACUUUGUCUCAGGUCAUGUGA